UUGCCUCGAAGACUGUGAGAGGAAAAGGCGAACUGCGAGUGAUAUUAGUUGGUGAAAACGAUUGAAAAAUCAAUCGAAGAGACCCUAUAUCGUCGCAAAAGUGUCCUAUCCGUGCGUGAAAUGGUGUGUUUGAUGCGCCCAGUAUGCGGAUGUGCGUGAAAAAGGUGGAAAACUGAGACGCGUGAGGUGGGAAGUGUUGUGUUAUGCGGCAGCUGCUUCUGGAACCUUUUCACGAGCGACGCCGCCAUAGCAGAAAGCACCUUCUCGACUGUGAAAGCCUCUCCCACUCGGCCGGAGGUGAUGCGACUCACCAGAUGAUCUGUGGACACUUUUAGAGAGACUUUGUGAGAACUGAGAGUUUGUGUGUUGUGAAGAGCCCAAGGGAAGCCACAGCUUGGGCAUCAUGCAGCAAGGAUCUGAUCCCAUUGCCGACUCCAACAAUUUCACGUCUGGCCCCGCGAAGAUGGAGGCGGUGAAGGAGUCGCAGACGCGAGGUGAGCCUCACGUGGAGCCAGUGAAUGGCGUCGUGCAGCCGCCGGUUGUGCCGCCGCCAGAUCGGCCGGGGCGCAAGACGAAUCAGCUGCAAUUCCUCCUCAAGACGGUGAUCACGGCGGUGUGGAAGCACCGGCACUCGUGGCCAUUCCUGCAGCCCGUGGACGCCAAGAAUCUCAAUCUUCCCGACUAUCACAAGAUCAUCAAGCAGCCGAUGGACUUGGGCACAAUUAAGAAGCGCCUGGAGAAUAACUACUACCAAUCGUCGAAGGAGUGCAUUCAGGACUUCAAUAUCAUGUUUUCGAAUUGCUAUGUGUACAAUCAGCCCGACGAGGAUGUCGUGCUGAUGGCGCAGAUCCUCGAGAAGCUCUUUCUGAACAAGGUCCAGCGGAUGCCGAAGGAGGAGAUUGAGAUUGAGUCGUCGAGCAAGAAGAGCGGCAAGAAGAAGGCGCGCCCUAUUGGGCCGCCGGGGACGCUGAUUGGUCCGGCACGGGGGCGUCCCAAUGCGACGCCCUCCACGACGCCUACGGCAAUGAUGGGCAGCACUGUGACGUCCACGGGUGGCGUGCCGCCAAACUCAACGGCGCCCGCCGUGGCCGGGCUGCCGUUGGUGCCGCCAAUGGGGAUUCCCGGCAGCACGAACACCACAACGACUGCUACAGCAGCGGCACCGGGCGUCGGCACGGCCCUGAGCUCUGCACUCCCUCUGCCCGCCACCGGUGGCCAACAGGCGCCGUCAUCCAUGAUAAGCACGUCAACGGCGCCGGCGGCCGGCGGGCAGCAACCCGCGGCAGCGGCCCAACCGCCGCCGCCCUAUCACGUGAAUCUAAACAGUUCGCAGCAGACACUGCUGGACUCGGUGAUGCCGCCACAGCCGGUGAAAGUGAAAAAGGGCGUGAAGAGGAAGGCGGACACCACCACACCCACCACGGCGACCACCUUUGACUCGCACUACACGCCCGGCAGUGGAAAUGACUCCAAGAAGAUCGCCACGAGACGAGGGAGCGGCCGUCAAUCGACGCCGUACCCCAAAUCUCCGAUGACGUCCACUGCGGGCGCGUCCGCUGGUGUCGGAUCAGCCGGUGGUGGGGCGCCGAAGAACAAGGAGAAGCUGUCUGAGCCGCUGAAGGCGUGCAAUGAGAUACUGAAGGAGCUGUUCAGCGAGAAGCACAUCAGGUAUGCGUGGCCAUUCUACAAGCCUGUGGACGCCGACCUGCUGGGUCUGUACGAUUAUCAUGACAUCAUCAAGAAGCCAAUGGAUUUGGGCACGGUGAAGCUCAAGAUGGACAACAGGGAGUACAAGACGGCGCAGGAAUUCGCGGCGGACGUGAGGCUGAUCUUCACCAAUUGUUACAAAUACAACCCCAAGGAUCACGAUGUCGUGGUGAUGGGCAGGAAGCUGCAGGAUGUGUUCGAGAUGCGCUACGCCAAUAUACCCGAUGAGCCCGUAACGAAUGUGGGCGCCAGCGGCGCGGGGCCGGUGUACGGCGGCGCUGGCGGCAAGGAGAGCUCCUCCAGUAGCGGCGAGUCGAGUGACACAGACAUGGAGUCCAACUCGGAUGAGGAGCGCAGCGCCCGGCUGAAGGUGCUGCAGUCGAAGCUGGUGGAUCUGCAAGAGGAGAUGCGAAAACUCGUGGAGGAGUCCACGAACAAGAAGAAGGCCAAGAAGAAACUCAAGGAGAAGAAGAAGGUCACACCAGUGGGACCGGGAGCACCGACUGCGACAGCAGGUCACUCGAGUGUAGGGAAACAAAUUAGUCAAACUGCUGGUCCAAAUGCCCACUCGAUGGCGAUGCAGGUGCCGCUGAGUGCGAACGCCAAGGGGGCGAAGGUGAAGGGCCAGAGGGCGCCCAAGUCCGCCACCGUCGUCAAUUCGGCGCAAUCAACGAAGAAGGUGAAGGCGGCCAGUGGCAGUGGCGGCGGUGGAGUUCGUGGGCCGGGCAAGAAGAAGCAGAUAGCGACGCACAAUUUUGACUCGGAGGAAGAGGACACGGCCAAACCAAUGUCGUAUGACGAGAAAAGACAGCUAUCGCUGGACAUUAACAAAUUACCUGGAGACAAACUCGGAAGAGUUGUACAUAUAAUACAAAGCAGAGAGCCAUCCUUACGUGACUCCAAUCCGGAUGAGAUUGAGAUUGACUUUGAGACCCUGAAGCCGUCAACGUUGCGCGAAUUGGAGAAUUACGUGGCGUCGUGUCUUCGCAAAAAAACUCGUAAGCCUUACUAUAAGAAGAUGUCGGGAAAAUCAAAAGACGAGCAAAUGGCAGAGAAAAAACAGGAGUUGGAAAAGCGACUUCAGGAUGUCACUGGACAAUUAGGGACGUCCAAGAAAGCAACGAAAAAAGAUGACGCGUCGAAAGUCGAUGUUGUCCCGUCGGGACGACUGUCGUCGAGCAGUAGUUCCACCGACUCGUCGUCGUCAAGUUCGAGUGACACAAGUAGUAGUGAUUCCAGCGAUAGUGAAGCAGGCACGGGAAAGUCAUCGACAUCGAAAAAGCGCGUGAAAAAGGACGAUCUUCAGUCGAAUAAUAAUGUCUCGAUGCCGCAGAACACGAUGGCCUCCAGCCUGCCAGUCACCACGCAGAGUCACUUCAACGGCAUUAUCCAGACACCGCUCCUUCCGGCACCACAGCAAACCUCCCAGGCACCGGUGUCGGUGGCGCCGCCGGUGAGCCUGGUGAACACCAACGGCAGCAUGAAGCACCCGAUGGUGAGCAUGAGCAGCGCCGCUCCGCCGACCAUCUCGCAGGCCAGCAGCGCGGUGAAGCAGGAGCUGAGCGCGCCGCCGCCCAUACAGACGGCGCCCAUGAACAUGAUGCAGCAGCCGAUGCGCGGCCCCGCGCCGCUACCCGCGCCACCAAUGGAGCACCAGAUGCCCAAGGCGGCGGCUGUCCAGAUGAGUGCCAUGGCCGGCGCAGCGAUGGGCAACGGCAUGAGGCAACCAGCGGCACAUCACGGCGCUAUGUCGGGCGGCUAUGUGGAUCCGCUGGAGCAGAGUCUGGCCAGUCUGGAGCAGAACCUCAAGUCGGAGAUGGCCAACCACCAUCCGCUGGACUUGAUUGGCGACUUGAGUGCACAGAGUAUCAUUCCAAAGAGCGAGGCUGCGGCGCCGCCACAACCGCCCGCCGCCCUCGCGCACCAACAAUCGCUUCUGCAGCAGCUCAGCAUUGAGGCGAUGCACCAUCAGCUGCAGCAGAGCAUGGCUCACGCGACGUCCGGGCCGAAUGGCUUCGUGAUGGACCACGCGACAGCGUCUCUCAACGGCAUGGGCGUGCUGCAAUUCCAGCCGCCGCCCGUGCCGCAGGGGCCGCCGUCCGGAGGCCACGUGGCGAAUCCCAUGGUAUCGAUCUUCGAUCCGGCAAUGUCUGGCCAACUCCUCAACCGCGGAGGAGCAGGUACAGCGAGUCAGCCGUCAACGCCGCAAACGCCGCAGCAGUCGCAGAUGCAGCAACAGCUGCCGCAAACGCCCACGAGUGCUCCUGUGAAGCGCGAGGAGAAGUUCCUGCUCACGCCGAAGCCCAUUGAAGAUCUGCUCAUGGCGCCGGUGCACGACAAAGUGAAGGCGGCGACGAGUGAGGCGAAAGGUAACUUUGCACAGGCCCUUAAACCGUCACACGAACAGAAUCUGAAAAAUGCCAGCUCGUGGUCAUCGCUGGCAUCGGCGGGAUCGCCGCAGAGUGUCGCGACGCCGCAGGCGAAGCCAAAGCCGUCAAUGGACAGUUUUCAGCAGUUCAGGAACAAGGCGAAGGAGAAGAUGGACAGGCAGAAGUUCCUGGAGCAGCAGGAGCUGAAGAGGAGUCAGAAGGAGGCGGCUGAGAAAGAGCUGAAGCGACAGCAAGAGCAGCAGCAGAAGCAGAAGAGCCAGGACGAGCAUGACGCGCCGAGCAGAAAAACCGGGGCGGAACCUCUGCCGGCACGCGUGGAUGAGAUCAAGGAGUCACCACAGCGGAGUGGAUCGCCAGGAAUGGGCGCCAGUGCGGCUAAUCAGGACAGAGGCGCCGCCAGGAGGGCCGAAUUGAGGAGAUUGGAGCAGGAGAGACGACGAAAAGAGGCGUUGGCCGGCCAGAUUGACAUGAACAUGCAGAGCGAUCUGAUGGCGGCCUUCGAGGAGUCACUGUAAGGCUGGCAAAUGCUCCGGGCAGAACCACCGAAGGAAGACGCACUCCAAGGAGUGACGAAGACAACGCCAAUGCGAAAAAUUACACACUUACCGUGUAGAGUAUUAUCAUUUUAGCUGCAGAAUUUUAUUGUGCAGACGCUUCAUCACCGCCAGUCGUUUGUUGAGGGAAGUGAAAGGGUGUGGCUUUCUUUAUUUUAUUUUCACGGGGGAGAAAAUUUUCUGAUGAAUUAUUUAAUAACAGAAACAAAGAGAUGAAGAGAGAGAGAGAGACAGGGAGUAUGUGGAAAUAUGUUGUGAUAUCUCUCCCGCCCAUUUCCAUCCUUUUUCAUUCACUAAUAUUGUUUUUAAUUUAUUUGCAAAGGCAAGAAGCAAGAAAUGUGCAGUGAAAGAGAGACUUUGAUUUUUCUUUUAUGAAGGCAAAAGAACGCGGCGGGAUUUGGGUGUUCUUAAGGCUCUUGGUGGGCCUGUAAAUUGGACGGAGAAUACAUUUUUAAUAUAUGAUAGAUUACUUCUUAAGUGUGUACAUAGAAGUGGAGAACAUUCAGGAGUCAUCUGGUUUUUUUUUUAAUAGGAACUCUCCCUAACUUUGAAUAAACUCUCAAGCGAUAAUUGCGCACUUGGGUGGCGAAAAUGAAGCUUGAGGAUAGAUUUGAAGGGAGGAAGAGGAUGAUGAGGAAAUACCACUAAAAUAACUAUUAAACAUAUUUUAAAUAGCCGUUUAGAAUUAUUGAGAAAACACUUGAGCGUAGAUUUCAUGGUUAAAGCGAGAGAAAGAGAGAGAGAGAGAGAAAUAAUUGCGAUAUAGAUUGGUGGUUUUUGAUUCGCAAAAAUAUGUAGACCGUAACGAUUUUGUAUUCUAAUUUAAAAUGAUGAGAAGGUAGUUGAAAAAGGAAUAGAAAGUGGGAAUAAGAGAAGGAAGAACGAUAUAUAUAUAUAUAUAUAUACAUAAUAUAUAUAUAUAUAUAAAUAUUUAAAAGUGGAUAAAAAUAAUUAAUUAGUGAAGAUGAAACUUAUUAUUAACAAUCUAUUAAAUAUUGUAUGUAAAAAUAGGGAUUAACAACCAAGAAAAACAUGUGUAAUAAUUAUUAAAAGAAAGAAACGGGAGAGUUUUACUUUGAUUGAAGAAAAGUAUAAAACUACAAAACAAUAGAUAUUUAGUGGGGAAGAAUUUUGGAGGAGAGAAAGAAUAUUAUAGAAUUACUUGUAAGUAGAUUUGAAAGGAGUUAGAAAAUUACACAAUCACUACAUUUAUUCUUCUAAAUUGAAAACGAGGUGCAUUGAUUGAAGAAAGGCAUUAUAAAAAAAAAUCAGCAAAAUCAUGGGAAAAAACAAUAAUUAUUUCAUUCUUUUAUUUGUUUAUUUGUAUAUUCAAUUUCUUGUCGUCCUUCUGGGUAAUUCUGGACUCAUUAUUGACAUGAAGCAGAACAUUUUUUAAGAAUAAACCACUAUUCGAUUGAUAAGGAGCGUUGAGAGAAAUUCAGUAAACUACACAACUUAAUCAUGAAUUAGAUAUUAAGUCACUGCGAGCAGAAAGCGCAUGCAUGAGUGUGGCUAAGAAUCCUAUUCGUAUCACUUUUACGUAAUAAAUCAACUUUGAUUAGUGCGAAAACAUGAAUCGACUAGAAGGAGAAGAAAAAAAUACACAGAGAUUGAGACAAAGUCACGCAGGAUGAUAAAAAAAGUCCAAUGAGAGAUGAACAAAA